UCAGUCUUUAUGAGUCAUAUGACCAGCAGACCAGGUCUCUCAACUGCUUCUUUCCUCUUAUGGCUAAACAUCUCACUGUGUUAUGAUCCCUCAAAUACAAAAAACGAAGGCUCUCUUCAAAUCCCCUAUGCUCCAAACUCCAAAACGACAAAAUCCUCUCUUUCUCUAAAACCUUCUCUGUUAUUUGCUAGAGAGCAACGAUCAUCUCCCAUACUCUGUCUCGUCUUGACACCAUGAUUGAAGAGAAGGAAAUGGUCAUGGUUUCACCAACUGGUGGAGACCCAUUUCGCAAAAAUGCCUAUUUUCUCAAACCCAUUCUCCCUAAUUCCUCCAAUUAUGAACCUUCUUUCAAUCUCCCUCACUGUUUUUCCUCCCUCGCACCCCUUUUUGACCCAAAAAAGUUGAACCUUCAAUUCCGUGGAUGGCGUUACGACCACCAAGAUUUGCAGAGUUGGUUUCUCCACCUGGCUUCUAAGCACCAAUCUACAUGGAAGAAAGCUGGUAUCUUUGAAGCCAUCUUCAAUUCCACGUACCAAAUCAAAAAGAAAAAGGAUUUGGUUUGUGGGUUUGCAGAGAAAUGGUGUUGUGAGACCAACACCUUCAUCUUUCCAUGGGGUGAAGCAACUAUCACAUUGGAGGAUGUUAUGGUUUUGGGAGGCUUUUCUAUUUUGGGAUACUCCAUUUUAAGUCCUAUUGAAAGCAGAGAACUGAAAGAAAUAGAAGACAAACUUGAGGAAGAGCGAAUUGGACUUUACAAUCGCAAGGGUGGGGUUAGAGUUGCUUACACACAACUAUGGAUGAAGAAGUUCAUGAAGAGUGGAAGUGAAUUAGAGCACGAAGCAUUCCUUGUGUUCUGGCUGUCCAGGUAUGUUUUCGAUAUGUUAAUGUCUAAAAUCAAUAAGGCUGUUUUCUCCAUUGCAAUUCAUCUAGCUAGGGGGAUUCGAGUUGCACUUGCACCAGCUAUUCUUGCUCACAUUUAUAGAGAUUUGAGUCUGCUCAAAAGGAAAAUUGUAUCUUCAAAUGAAUUAAAUGUCAAGAAUGCUUUUGUACUAGAACUCAUAAUCAAGUCACAGUUUCAAUUAGUUCAGGUUUGGGCAUGGGAACGAUUUCUGGAACUUAGGCCAAAGCCCAAAGUUAUAUGCUAUGGUGAGCCGAGAUUGGCUCGAUGGGAUAAAGUAGACUGUCUGAAUGUUGGAGAUAUGAGGAGGGUUUUAGACUCAGCAGGUGAAGGUUUCAUGUGGCGCCCUUAUGCCAUGGCCAUUAAGAACUGGAAUUUUCCUAAAUACUAUGUUGAAAAGGAAGAGUGGGUUUUGGUUGGUGCAGGCUUGGAUGAUGAACUAUUGUCAUUUGCCAUGUGCUUGAGGGUGGCUGAGUUAGUUGGAUUUGAUACUAUACAAUAG